AGGACGAUCGACGACCUUCGCACUCGCCAUGCCUCCCAAGUUCGAUCCCAAUGAGGUGAAGAUCAUUCACCUGCGUGUGACUGGUGGUGAGGUCGGAGCCCAGUCUGCUCUGGCUCCCAAGAUCGGUCCUCUCGGUCUGUCCCCCAAGAAGAUCGGUGAAGAUAUCGCCAAGAACACUGGUGACUGGAAAGGUCUCCGUGUGACUGUGCGUCUCACCAUCCAGAACCGUCAGGCUGCCGUCUCCGUUGUGCCCUCUGCCUCCUCUCUCGUCAUUAAGGCCCUCAAGGAGCCCCCUCGUGACCGCAAGAAGGAGAAGAACAUCAAGCACAACAAGUCCAUCCCUCUUGACGAGAUUGUUGAGAUCGCUCGCAAGAUGCGCUUCCGCAGUCUGGCUAAGGAGCUCCAGGGUACCGUCCUGGAGAUCCUCGGUACCGCUUUCUCUGUUGGUUGCCAGGUUGAUGGCCGCAGCCCCAAGGAUGUCUCCGAUGACAUCAAGGCUGGCGAGAUCGACAGCUUAUUUUACGCAAAGAAGAUCAAACCUGACCUACUACUCACCGCGGUAUCUUCGCGAGGUGCUUGCAUCUUUCUGUGGAUACAGUGGUCCAUUUAUCCGGUCAACAUACCAAACCACCCUCUGACCUUUUGUCUUUGGGUAUUUCGUAGUGAUAUUUUCUCGCUUGUAGUAUCCAAUGAAAAGAUAUUCAUGUUUCACUUGUUCCAUUAUUUGGUAAAUACGACGAGUUCCGUUCCAAUAUAA